AUGUCUUUGAAAAUCGCUUGUGUGCUUGCCUUAGUAAUAGUUGGUGCGUUAGCUCAAAGUCAUCACCAUAAGCUGGCUAUUUCAUCACAGAGCAUUGAGCGACACGAUAUUCCUGCUCCCCCUCCGAAGGACUUCCUUGAACACCAGGGUCCAGCUAAGUACGAGUUCGAGUACAAAGUGCACGACCCUCACACCGGAGACGACAAGUUCCAACACGAGACACGUGACGGUCAUAACGUAAAGGGAGUGUACAGUCUACAUGAAGCUGAUGGAUCCAUCAGAACAGUACACUACACGGCCGAUAAAAAACAGGGAUUCCAAGCGGACAUCAAGCACACAACAAAGCAUGUGGAACCUAAACAUCACUAAUGAUCUCAGAAUGCCCAUUGUUACACGAUUGAUUUACUUAUUGUUGAUUUGUUGAUUAAAUAUUUAAAAUAAUAAGUAUACUUGUUUCCUUUCUAUUUAUUAUCAUUUUAUAUUUGAAACGUCUUAUUAGUUAGCACUUAUUUUAUACCACAGUAGUAGCAAAUAAGCCCGUAUGGCUAUUUAAUGGUAAACGGUUACGGAAGACUAUCAACGUCUGUACAACUAGGCGGUUCAUAAGAAUAACAACCAUUGAGCUUUUUUG